GCUAUGCUUUCUGGGUAAAGUGCGCCCCGGUAUCCGCCCAUAUUCGCUUAAAGGAGGCCAACCUGAGCAGCUAGGCCGGACGCUGGAUCAAAUGGAAAGUUCAAUCGAAUAAUUUGCCCACUUUUUCGCAUGUUCUCACUUGCUUCUUAUACGAAGUAGACCGACUUAAAUGCGGGUGUUUCGGUGUGAAAUAGGAAAUGCAGAGAUCGUGUGAAACGAGAGGAUUAUCAGCUUGACUUAUUUGGUCGCUUCUUCGGACGCGGAACUCCACUCGCUAAAAGGUGAAUCAUGACAGAAUAUAAGUUGGUAGUGGUGGGAGCUGGUGGCGUUGGCAAGAGCGCACUUACAAUUCAGCUCAUCCAGAAUCACUUUGUGGAUGAAUAUGACCCCACCAUUGAGGACUCCUACAGAAAGCAGGUAGUAAUCGAUGGAGAGACGUGUCUGCUGGACAUCCUGGACACUGCAGGUCAGGAGGAGUACAGUGCCAUGAGGGAUCAGUACAUGAGGACCGGGGAGGGCUUUCUCUGCGUCUUUGCCAUCAACAACACCAAGUCCUUCGAGGACAUUCACCACUAUAGAGAACAGAUUAAGCGAGUGAAGGACUCUGAGGACGUCCCCAUGGUGCUGGUGGGGAACAAGUGUGACCUCCCGUCCCGGACAGUGGACACCAAGCAGGCUCAGGACUUAGCGCGCAGCUACGGCAUUCCCUUUAUCGAGACCUCAGCCAAAACCAGACAGGGUGUUGAUGAUGCCUUUUACACAUUAGUGCGAGAAAUCCGGAAGCAUAAGGAGAAGAUGAGCAAGGAGGGCAAAAAGAAGAAAAAGAAGUCCAAGACAAAGUGUACACUUAUGUGAAUGACCACCCCUUUUCAAGACAGACUAAAUAAAAAAAAAAAUAAAGAACUAUGUUGAACAGUUAAAGUAAUACAUUUUGUACAUUACACUAAAUUAUUAGCCUCUUUCUCAAUACCCAUCAUACUGAAUACUAAACCUGACCCAUUUCUUUCUGCCUUUUUAUUAUUUGCUACUUUGACACCGAUGAGCUUUAUUUUCAGUUUAGUGCCAGUUGCCCACAUGUGUUGGGCCAACAAAGUUUUAAUUUCUUUUUUUCUUUUUUUAGGAUGUUGAUUUGGAUCAUUUUUAUACACCUGCCGAGCUGUGAGCUAAUUGCGUCACAACUCAUGUUUGACAAAUUAUUCAUUACCAACCCCCCUGCCCCCCCCUUGCUUAAAAGGUCAUGACCUACAACCAUUCUGUAAUGCCUUUUAAGUCUGGGAUGCCAAAGAAUGAAUUUCCAUCCUGAUUUUUGUAAACAAGAGAUAUGAAGAGAGGACCAACAUUCAGCCAGAUGAGAUCCAAAUGUCCCAGCCACUGUGUAAUUUCCCAAUCUCGAAUGACCUCUUCUGUCCAUGAUAAAAGUAUGCAUGCAAGCUCCUACUUCACCCCCCCC